CCAAACCUGUCCUACCCUUCCAUCGCUUCGAUCGCAUCGCAUCGCAUCGCUCGUCUGCCUGCUUUCCCCUUUCCUUGUUCCUCCUAUCUUCGACUGAUUCAGCCAUCAUUCCUGGUUCAGUCGCCUCCGUUGUCCCCAUUACCCCGCGAAACUCUUUUAUGCAAUCAGAGCCUACCGCAGUUUUCGACCGCUCGCCUUCGGUAGACCCCUCCUCAGAAGCGUUUCUCGAGAUCACCCAGCAUGGACAUGAUUUGCAUGGUGAGCACCGAGUCUCUGGGCCUCCGCCUCACGAGCCCGAGCACUCUGGUCUCCGCCGUGACUCACCCGAGGCUGGCGAGCAGCCGCCCCUAGACGAGCCCACGGCCACGGAGCCUGCGCAGUGGAUCGAUCCCGUCAGUCAGUAUGAGAAUGAGAUUGCCAAGUCGUCCUGGAGACCGAAAGCCAGUCCUCGGGUGGCGCAGCCCGCCAUCUACACGGGCGUGUCGUUGGAGGCUUUCCCAAAUGAGGUGCUCACGCACAUUCUCUCGCAUCUGCCCCCACCAUCCUUGUCCUCGAUGGCCCUGGUGUCUCGCCGGCUUCAUAGUCUGGUGACCACGCCCCACGCCUGGAGAGUUGCCUUCUCCCGCUAUUUUCCCGGCCCGUAUACUGUGGAAGAUGGCGCAUGGACGGUGAACCCCUCCGACAGCGUGACAUCUGAUAGGCGAUAUUUCUCCAGGUUGACUGCGCUGGCAUCCUGGAGAAGUGAAUACAUUCUGAGAACCCGCUUGCUGAGAUCGCUCUCGAGAGGCAAGCCGGCGCAGUUUGAGCCUUCCAAAAAGACGGGUACGGUGCGGUCCGCAAGCGUCGCGAAUGGCAGCGCUGUUGUCACGUACACCUCGCAGUUGAUGUAUCCCGUCAGCCACCUGCAUGGAGCAUUUGGGACGGAGGUCUCGAAGAAGGAGCCUCUUUUCAUCCAUGGUGCGUCGGAGCAGGGGAUCGCGUCGGCCAGCGACCCGUCGUCGGUCAAGGUCGGGACAUGGGGCUUGUCUGAUCACCAGCUGUUCCGACACUUCGCGGAUUUGUUCCCUGGAGAUGCCGAGUAUGGCUUGGGGUCCGGUGAACUCGUCGGGGCGCCCAAUCGCAUGGAUGUCAGUCAGCCUUACGGGAUGAUUUACGGCGAGGCGUGUCCUCAAGGACGUAGCUAUUUUAUCUCGACGACUGAGCAACGGGGCAGGUUCCUGAACCUUGCCGCUUCCACUUCACAGCCUCAUCUGGGGAUUCCUGCCCUGAACAUGAUCGGAACCGGCAUCACUGCGGUCUGGAUCGCGAAGUUCUCCAAUGUCCUCAAGAUGACGGGUGGCCUGGUCGCGAUGUUGUCGGGCUCCUCCACAGGCGUUCUCACGGCGUAUGCCCUUGGCCCACACCCGACCUAUGAAAAACGGUACGAACGAGGCCAAGUGACUGCGAAGUGGGUCCUGUGUCCUGGUGUUCCCAUCAUCGCUAUUGCGGUCGAUGACAGCUAUUCUCCGAAACGGCAUGCUCGUCGAAGAAUCUGGGCAACGGUUCUCAACGCACUAGGGGAGGUUUUCUACCUCUCUGACAUGCCGCGCCAGCCUGACGUGCCUUCCACGAAGUUGACUCCAGAGGAGUAUGAUCACCUGGCUUGGAAAACAGGCAGAAGUGUCCGUUGGGAAUUGGUUGAGUUGAGCAGGCGAACUGCGCGACCCGACCCCUUCAACCGUGAUCUUGUCGAUGGCAGCUAUAGCCCUCGCUCAUCGUCGGAUUCGAUGAAGCUGAGUGAGGAGCAGAUAGCAGCCGAGACAAGGGAGAUUGAAUGUUUCUUGUCCUUCAGGCCGAAGCAUUUCAGGAAGGCCUGCGAGGGCUGGAAUAUGAGACGCGAGUUGAAGGUCGAUUUCGCGGGCGACGAUGGCCACGGGGCGGGCGAAUCCGCCAUUGUCAUCUGCCCGGGCAUUGGGGAAGAUGAGCAGGCCUCGAUUCGGAGGUACACCAGAAAGGUGUCUAAACACGAUCUGCCGUCAUCCAACCCGAUACGGCCCUCUCAGAACACGGAUAGCGUUCCUCCGUCGUCCAUCUUUGGAGGCCCGGCCAAACUGCCUGUGGACAGCGCCGAAGAUACGCCUUCGUCCCGGGCAUCCAGUCGUAUCAGCGAGACAGUCUGCUCGAUCUCGAACACGGAAUGGCGCAUCACGGAUUUCAAUUUCGGGGACCGCAAAUCUAUCGAGAUCACUACGAGUGCAUUGGACAUCUCCACCUACGCGCUGGUGACGACCGACGAGGACCCUCUCAUCGGCAUGUCCGGUAGCUCGGCCAGCUCUUCGGCAACGUCAUCGCCGCUCCCACACAUGAAGCAGCCACCCGGCAGUCCCGAAGUUCCUGGCCAACGCGGGCGAUAUCUCGCCGUGGGCACAGCUGCCGGAAUGGUCCUCGUCUGGGACAUCCGGUCUCCCACGUCCAAGACCUCCGAGCUCAUCAACUCCGUGGCGCCCGUCCGACUCAUCCAGACCGAAUCGCCGCAGGUCUCUUGCGUCGCCUUAACCUCCCUGUACCUGGUCCACGGUGGAAACGACGGCCUCGUCCAAGCCUGGGACCCGCUCGCCUCCUCGACGCGGCCCAUCCGCACCAUCAACUCGCGCUUCUCGACGCGCGCCCGCCGUCGCCUCGUUCAGGCCGAAGCUUCCAUCCACGGCGUUGGCAAUAACUUCUACGCAACCGGCGCCAUCAGCCUUGACCCAGACCCGACCGUCCUGCGCGGAAUGGUCGCCCUCGGAACCCACCUCCGCUACUGGUCGUACAGCUCCUCCGCCGCGGACCAGUACAAAUCCAGCAAACGCCGCCUCCGCCGCGGGCCCCGAGGCGGCAACGCCGUCACAGAGGGCCAACGCUUCAACACCAGCGGCCGCGGCGCACUGACCGACUACAUCGAGGACGAGAAAGUCGAAAUGCAGCGCCAGGAAGUCGCCGACCGCAAAAAACGCGCCCAUCUGAGCCACCGCUUCGGCGUCGAUCUCCUCGGCCCGGACAUCGACGAGGACCAACUCCUCGCCUACGCCCGGCUCCUCAGCGAGGAAUCCUACACCUCCGAAGCCAGCAAGCGCACCGACCACCUUUAUUCCUCCUCCAUAGCCAUGAGGAGCACCUCCCCAAGCGACAACGACAACGACACCGACACCGUCGGUCCAAACGACAGCUCCUUCGCUCCGGACGAGCUCUCAUCUGCAUCCUCCCCCUACGAGGACCUCGCCGAUGACCUCGAGCCUGAAAUCGCCGAAGCCAUCCGUCUCAGUCUCCUCGAUGAAGCGCAAGCGCCAGAUACCGGUGCUGACUCCUUCGACUUAUUCCCAUCCCACUUCCACCCCCACUCCUCACCCCCAUCGCCAUCAAAAUCCACCCCACCCGUCGCGGAAAGCAGUAACCAGCAAGAAAUCGACGACCUCGAAUUCGCCAUCCAGCUCAGUCUCGCCGAGGCAGAGAGCCAGAGCCAGAGUCACGCAUUCGAGGAGUUUCCUGCUCUGCAGGCUUCCCCUGGGAAGAAGGAUAGUGAUAAGGGGAAAGGGAAGAGGAGAGCUCUGUGAUAUCAUCUAUCUAUUUAUUAUCUCGUUUAUUUCCUGGAUUUGAUUUGAUUUGACUUGCUUGUUUGUUUGAUUAAGUGGUUAUUUAUCUAUAGUUUGGUUGAUAAUAGACAUAUUUUCUAGUUUUUUUUGUAUCUGGGUCUUUGUUAAUUGUUUGUGACAUAUCUGAGUGGAUCUUGUCACUUUGUGGUUGUCGUUACGGUUGGUUUGAGUAUCUUCUAUCUUGCAGUCACUUAUUUAAAGCAUGUCUUACCUAUAUAUAGUCUGUCUAGUAGAUAGAUAGCUGAGGCGGAUUACUAAGGAAGAUAGAUACCUGACCUGGAGAUAUCGGAAUCUUGCACUCCAGUC